AUGGAGGAAGAAAUUGCGAGAUUGCGGCGGGCUCUUGAAGAACAACGCCGCCGCGAAGAUGCCGAAAGCCGUGCAACGGAGGAGCAAGCCCGACGCGAAGAGGAGCAACGUCUCCGCGAGGAGGAGCAACGUUUACGCGAGGAGGAACAACAGCCUUAUCUUGAGGCUUGUCACGCUCUCAAUCUUGCGAUCAGGGUAGUUACCGACCCUUCCUUAACCACGCAGGGCGAACCCACCAAUCCUGUCGGUCGACUGUACCCCCGCCGAAUCCGCCUGUGGGAUGACUUUCCCGCAAGGCAGGAGGAAAUCUGGAAUCGAUUAUCUGUUGAGCCGUCCUUCGGCUCCCAGCAACAUCGGUUUCCAUCUCAACACCAGCUAGAUUAUGUACGGUCUGUCAUCCAGCCCAUCAGUAGCGAACACGGCCUCAGGUACUACGAACGCGACACCGUGGAGAAUGCGGUGCAAAAGCUAGUUGAUGCGGUAUACGAAAGCCCGGUUCUUCGGGCCAGCGUUGGCCUGCGUAGAACCAUUACAUUUGAGAGUCACACAAAUCUUGGCACUCCCGCCGAUGGCAGCCCGAGUCUCUCCGGACCUUCGGAGCCUGCACCCCUCUCAGGGGGUAGUGCAGGGGAGGCUGCGCUCGCACCGCGCGGACCAGCCCGCAAACGCCGCCGUAUUGUAAAAGGGAAAGGCAACCUGGCGGACCAGUUCUGCACUUACAGAUUAUCGGAUGGCGUAAGGAUCCCCGCGGCAGCAAUCGAAUACAAGCCGCCACACAAACUGAGCCAGGAUGAAGUGGUGACCGGCCUAGUAUCCGAAAUCCAACCGGACCGAGACGUGAUCAACCAGGACAGCGAGGACUUGGCAUUCCCAUCGAAGGUUCUUGCUACUGCCGUCGUCACCCAACUCUUCUCUUACAUGGUUGGGAAGCGCAUCCAGUACGGCUACGUCUGUACAGGGCAGGCCUUUGUCUUUUUACAUAUCGCCGAUGACCCGACCACAGUGUACUACUACGUGUGUGUGCCAAAUCAAGACGUUCUCGACGACGACGAGAACAGGCUUCACCGUACAGCCGUCGCACAAGUCUUCGCCUUCAUCCCCCAAGCCCUCCGUGCGCCGCCUCCUCCAUUGUCUUGGUCCGACGCUGCCACGGGGCUUGGUACCUGGGCUGUAGAGUACGAUGAUGAGUGGAGAAAAAUCCCCGCACGGUCCGCAGGGAUAAAAGUCGCCAUACCCCAUACAAAGCCCAGCGUUGGCAAGGCUUCACACGCUCGCCGAUUCGGACCCGCGCGCACUGCUCCCCGAUCGACACCAGAGUGCUUGCCAGAGACGAUGACGACGAAGAAGAUGCUCCUCCUUCACCUAGUGUGGAUCGGCUUACUCGUUCGGGACAGAGGGCUGCGGCUUCUGGCCCUGUUUCGGGCAACAGUCGCGGCCCAGGUGGCGCAAGAGAAGGGGGGCACAGCGGGGCGACACAGCGAGGAAUACAAGAUCAGCCGUACUGCACGCAUCAAUGCCUACUCGGGAUAG